AUGGCUCCUGUGCCAAAAAACCUGCUCGAAGCCCUGACUAGGGCUGCUCGUUCGGCCCCCGAGAAGGGCCUCUCCAUCUACCCGCCGGGGCAGACGGAAGGCGAGCCCAUCAGAAUCACGUAUCCCGACCUCCUAGGCGACGCAAUUGUCCUGGGGAACUCGGUCAAGACCAUCCCCGGCCUGACGCCGGAGACCAUCGUUCUCAUCCACCUGGACAACCAUGAAGACAACGUCCGCUGGCUGUGGGCGGUGCUGGCUGCCGGCCAAGUGCCUGCCAUCUCAACGCCGUUCACCAACAACCUCGACCAGCGGCGCAAGCACCUGCUACAUCUGCAGGAUGUCCUACAGAGUCCCGUCGUGUUGACCAGGGAGCAUCUGGUGUCUGAGUUCCUCGACCUGCCCGGCCUCGUCAUCCACACCGUCGAAGAUCUGACGGCCCACCAGGCUCCACUUCGGGCCGAGUACAUCUCGAACAACGGGUAUACGCAGUCACCCAAGGACCUGGCUGCCCUGAUGCUCACAUCUGGGAGCACCGGGAACGCCAAGGCCGUUGCGCUGCGCCACGGCCAGAUCUUGCAUGCCGUCGCGAGCAAGGCCGCGUACCAUGGCACGCAUCGCGACGAGACGUUUUUGAACUGGAUCGGCAUGGACCACGUCGCCAACCUCACGGAGAUCCACCUGCAUGCGAUGACCCAGGGCGCUGACCAAGUGCACGUCCACGCCGGCGACCUCCUGGCCAACCCACUCGCAUUCUUGCGACUCAUCGAGCGCCACGCAGUGGGAUACACAUUCGCGCCCAACUUCUUCCUCGCAACCGUGAAGAAAACUCUCGAGAACAUCCUGCCACAUCAAUCGGUCGACGAGGACGAUUCCGGCCGGCGGCUUCCAGAUAUCUCCUCCCUGCACUGCCUGAUUUCCGGCGGAGAAGCCAACUCGACGGCGCUAUGUGCCGCCCUGACCAAGCUUCUCCAGCCGUUGGGGGCCUCCUGCGACUUCAUCCGGCCUGGGUUCGGCAUGACCGAGACCUGUGCCGGUAGUAUCUACAACAACAACUGCCCCGCAGGUGACCUCGCGCAUGGUCGGGAGUUCACGUCGCUAGGCCACUGCAUCCCGGGCAUGGAGAUGCGGGUGCGCGACACUGAGUCCCGGCUCUGUGCCAGCAACGAGAUCGGUCAUCUCGAGGUGCGCGGCUCUAACGUAUUCAAGGAGUACUUCAACAAUGCGGCCGCGACGCAGGAGGCCUUCACGUCCGAUGGCUGGUUUGUUACGGGCGACUUGGCCUUCCUGGACGAGAGCCAGCAGCUGCAUCUGGUCGGCCGCGGCAAGGAGUCCAUCAAUAUCAACGGCCUCAAGUAUUACCCGCACGAGAUCGAGGGCGCCAUCGAGGACGCGCGCAUCCCCGGUGUGGCAAUGUCAUACACAGCCAUCUUCCCCUACCGGGUGCCGGGCGCAGCGUCCGAAACACUCUGCGUGGUGUAUCUGCCCACCUACGCCGUGGACGACGUCUCUGCGCGUGUUAGCACGCGCAAUGCAAUUCGUACGGUCGUCAUGAACCACUGCAUGGCGCGGCCACAUCGUAUUAUCCCGCUGGACCGGGCGUUCCUGCCCAAAUCCGCCUUGGGUAAGCUCUCGCGCGCCAAGAUCAAGAAGGCGUUCGAAGCCGGCAUGUACGACGCCAGCAUCCAGCAGGACGAGGAGUACCUGGGGCAGGGCACCAGCGGCCCGCUGCUGCAGCCCACCACGCCCGCUGAGGCGGCAGUGCAGCGUGUAUUCGCCGAGGUGUUCGUGGCGUCACGGGCGGAGCUGGGCGUCCAUACCAACCUGUUCGAUCUGGGCUGCUCAUCGCUGGAGAUCUUCCAGAUUAAGUGGCUGCUGCAGAACGAGCCAGACCUGCCGGACCGCAUCCCCGUCACGACCAUCAUCGGCCACCCGACAAUUGAAGGUCUCGCUGCGGCUCUAGACCCGACCGCCACGGGCAGUUCUAGCAAGCCCUACGACCCGGUGGUCACGCUCCGCACCGGGGGCGACAAAACCCCCCUGUGGCUGGUCCACCCGGGCGUAGGCGAGGUGUUGGUCUUCUUGCACCUGGCCAACCGGUUCACGGACCGACCCGUGUAUGCGCUGCGCGCGCGCGGGUUCGACGGGGAGCCGUUCUUCAGUAGCGUGGGUGAGAUGGUAGACGCCUAUCGCGCGGCUAUCCAGCGCGUGCAGCCCGUCGGGCCGUACGCCAUCGCCGGCUACUCGUACGGCGGCACGGUGGCAUUUGAGAUCGCCAAGCAGCUGCAGCAGGACGGGUUCGCGACACCCUUCCUGGCGGUGUUCGACCAGCCGCCACAUAUCAAGGAGCGCAUGCGCCACGGCGGCUGGGCGGACGUGCUGCUGACGCUGGCGCGCUUUUUCGACCUGCUGCCCAGCGCUGAGGCCGAGGCCACCGUGGUCGCCCAGUUACGGACUGUUGGAGGGGGGCUAGAAGACGACAUCGACAAGGGCCAGCUGGUGGAUCUGCUCCUAGCAUCGGCCUCGGAGCACCGCUUGGAGGAGUUCGGCCUAGACAAGAGCCGGCUGGCGACAUGGACUAGCCUGGCGCUAAACUCACACGUUAUCGCGCGCGACUACGAGCCGCAGGGCCGCGUGCCGGCGUUGGAAGUGCUCUAUGGGCAGCCGAUUGAGGCGGUGGCGCGCACCAAGACGGACUGGCUGCAGCAGAAGCUGUCGCUUUGGACGCACUUUGUCCACGACGUGCAGUUCCACGAGGUGCCGGGGCAUCAUUACACGCUGCUGGCGCCCGAGCACGUCGGCACCUUCUAUCGGACUCUGCGGGCCAGGAUGGAGGCGAGGGGGGUUUAG